AUGAGCCACUACGACUCGGAGAACCAGGCCCCUGAGCCUACCAAGCACCAUGGCGAGGAAGCCGGUGUUACCAACGAUGCUGUCUUUGGUACCAUCACAGAAGACGGUCCCAACUACCGUAACGUUGGCUGGCUCGGAACAUCAGUCCUCAUGAUGAAGUCCCAAAUCGGUCUCGGAGUCCUAUCCAUCCCCGCCUCCUUCGACGCCCUCGGUCUCAUCCCCGGUAUCAUCUGCAUGCUUACCAUCGCCGUCAUCACCACCUGGUCCGACUACAUCGUUGGCAACUUCAAGCGCCGUCACCCUGAAGUCUACGGUAUCGACGACGCCGCUGGUCUUGUCUUUGGACGCUUCGGAAAGGAGUUCUACGGUAUCUCUUACAUGCUUCUCACCAUCUGUAUCGCCGGCUCUGCUAUGCUUGGUCUCUCAAUUGCUCUCAACUCUCUGUCUGAGCAUGGAACUUGCACUGCUGUCUUCGUCGCUGUUGCCAUGGUUGUUGCUUUCCUUACCGCUUCCAUCCGAACUCUGGACCGUGUUUCUUGGCUUGCUUGGGUCGGUCUCGUUACUUUGAUCGUCUCCAUCUUCAUCGUCACCGUCGCUGUCGGUAUUCAGGACCGCCCUGACCUCGCUCCCCAAGAUGGUGUCUGGGUUUCCGACUACAAGCUCUUCAACACUCCUACCUUCGCCCAGGCCAUGUCUGCUAUCUCUGCUUUCAUCUUCGCCUACUGCGGUACUCCCGUCUUCUUCCCCAUCGCUGCUGAGAUGCGUGAGCCCAAGCACUACAAGAAGGCUCUUAUCCUUUGCCAGACUGUCGUCACCAUCGUCUACGUCGUUGUUGGCAUCGUUGUCUACUACUACUGCGGUACCUACGUCGCUUCUCCCGCUCUUGGAUCCGCUGGCAAGGUCAUCAAGAAGAUCAGCUACGGUAUUGCUCUUCCCGGUCUCGUUGUCUCUGCCACCCUCUACACUCACGUCCCUGCCAAGUACUUCUUCGUCCGUCUUCUCCGUGGCUCCAAGCACCUUACUUCCAACUCCUUCACCCACUGGGCCGUCUGGCUGAGCUGCACCUUCGGCAUGGCUCUCAUCGCUUAUGUCAUCGCCAGUGGUAUUCCCGUCUUCGGCGGUCUCGUCUCUCUCGUCGGUGCCCUUCUCGGAACCCUGCAGUGCAUGCAGCUCUUCGGUGCUCUCUGGCUCUACGACAACUGGACCAAGGACAAGUCUCAGCGCACUACCAAAUGGACCAUGAUGGUUGUCUGGUGUGGCUUCGUCAUGCUUCUCGGCACCUUCCUCAUGGUUGGAGGUACCUACGGAUCCGUCAAGGAAAUUGCCGACUCUUACCGUGUCAACGGUGGAUCUGCUGCCUGGUCUUGCGCCGACAACUCCAACUCUUCUUAA